AUGUUGGAUGCAAAACCGACAGCCACACCUCUCCAACCUCAUAUUCAACUGACAACCACAGGAGAUCCAUUCUCUGAUCCCACUCAAUAUCGCUCUCUCGUUGGUGCGCUCCAGUAUCUCACUAUAACUCGUCCUGACUUGUCCUACGCGGUAAAUUUGGUUAGUCAGUUUCUUCAAGCUCCUACAAAUGAUCACUUUCAAGCAGUUAAACGCAUCCUUCGAUAUGUCAAGGGCACCAUGUCCUACGACCUAUCCUUCACCCGUGGAGCUUCCCUUAAUGUUCUUGGAUACUCGAAUGUUGAUUGGGCUCGAUGUAUUGAGACUAGGCGAUCUACCUAUGGUUAUUCCAUCUUCUUAGGCGGUAAUCUCGUCUCAUGGAGUGCUAAGAAACAACCAACCGUAGCUCGAUCAACUUGUGAAUCAGAAUAUAGAGCCAUGGCUAAUGCAGCAGCUGAACUAAUGUGGAUCACUCAUCUUCUACAUGAUCUGCAUAUUUCCUAUCAAGCGCCAACUCUUCUUUGCGACAACAAGAGUGCUAUAUUUCUCUCCCAAAAUCUGAUGGCUCACAAACGCACUAAACAUAUUGAUAUUGAUUAUCACUUUAUUCGAGAGCUUGUUCUAUCUAACAAACUCAACACUCAAUUCAUUCCUUCUGAUCUCCAGCUAGUAGACAUAUUCACUAAAAGUCUGCCUCGACCAUUGUUCCAGUUCUUCGAAGCCAAGCUUCACGUUGGACCAAAUCCCACACUUUGCUUGAGGGGGAUCAUAGGAAAUAAUAUAUUUGAUUAUAGUUUACCUUAUUUAGUUUUUGCAUAA